AUGGAAAUGCUACUGUUUGGUGUCUGGACCCUGCUGACCUUGAUCCCUUGCCCAGGGGCCACUGAAGAGCUGUUUGAGGUUUCUGUUUGGACUGAUCAGGCCCUGGUAAAGGUCGGACAGUCCCUAAUGGUCAACUGUAGUACCACCUGUCCAGACCCAGGACCCGGUGGAAUUGAGACCUUCUUGAAAAGAACCCAGGUGGGCUGGGGGCCUCAGUGGAAGGAGUUUCUCCUGGAGGAUGUCACAGAGAAUUCCAUCCUGCAGUGCUUUUUCUCCUGCGCUGGGACACAAAAGUACACAAGCCUUGGCAUCACCGUGUAUAAGCCACCAGAGCAGGUGAUCCUGGAGCUGCAGCCUGCAUGGGUGGCUGUGGAUGAAGACUUUACAGUGAAGUGCCAUGUGCCCAGUGUGAUGCCCCUGGAGAACCUCACCCUCACCCUUCUCCAGGGUGACCAGGAACUACAUAGAAAGAACUUUCCAAGCUUGGCUGUGGCCUCCCAGAGAGCUGAGGUCCCCAUCAGUGACAGAGCCCGAAGGGAGGAUGACAGGUGCAAUUUCUCCUGCCGUGCAGUCCUGGACGUGAGUACACAUGGCAGAGGGCUCUUUCGCGGCAGCUCAGCCGUCAGGGUGCUCCGGACCUUUGAAUUCUCUCAGAGCCCCCAAAUCUGGGUCUCUCCUCUUCUGGAGGUUGGAAUGGCCGGGACUGUGAGCUGCGAGGUGGCCAGGGUGUUCCCAGCCAAAGAGGUGGUGUUCUGCAUGUUCCUGGGAGACCAGGAGCUGAGCCCCUUCCUUUCCUGGGAGGGAGACAGUUGGGCCAAUGCCUCCGUCCGGGCUGUGGAGACUGGGGAGCAGGAGCUGACUUGCCUUGUAUCCCUGGGUCCGAUGGAACAGAAAAGAGACGUGCCCGUGCACGUCUACAGCUUCCCUCCACCAGUCCUGGAGAUAGAAGAAUUAUACCCAUUGGCAGGGACAGACAUUAAUGUGACCUGCUCAGGGCAUGUAUUAACAUCACCCAGCCCUACUCUUUGGCUUCAGGGAGCUCCAGACCUCCCUGCCCUUGGGAAGCCUGCCUGGCUUUCCCUUACCACCAAGGAGGAAGAUGGUGGCCGAAAUUUCUCCUGUGAGGCCUCUUUGGAGGUACAGGGUCAGCGGCUGAUGAGAAACACGGCAGUCCAGCUCCAUGUCUUAUACAAGCCCAGGUUAGAGGAAUCUGGUUGCCCUGGCAACCAGAGGUGGCUGGAGGGGACAGGGCAGAUGCUUGCCUGCGUCGCAAAGGGAACCCUAACUCCAACCGUGGUGUGUACGUGGAAUGGAGAGAUCUUAGACCUUGAAGUGCCACAGAAGGCAACCAAGAGCCACACUGGAACCUACUGCUGCACAGCUGCCAACCAGCUGGGCUCCGUCAGCAAAAACAUUGCUGUCGUUGUUCAAGGUCUGGAUGAAGGAAUCAGCUCCACCAUCUUUGUCAUUAUUAUUGUCGCCCUUGGAGUGGCUGUACUCACCCUAGCCCUGUGUUUCAACUAUCAGCCCUGCAAAAUAGAAAGGCAGAAAUUGCCCUCUAAGCAGAAAGAGAAGAAUAAAGAGGAGGAAAGCCAGUUUGCAAUUCAACAAGCAAAAGAGUGCAACGCACAUAAUUGCUAA